CUCAUGUUCUUUACUUUACAGGGAAAUGAAGCUGCUUUUAAUGCCUAAAAAUUCAUGGAAUACUUGACAAUAUUCCUUUGGGAUUCAAUGGCCCAUGUUCCUUCUAGCAAGCAAAGGUUGCUCUGCACCAGAAACUAUACUACUUGUUUUGUUACUGUAUGCUAAUUAAGUAUGCACAUACUGUUAUUUCUCAUCCCUGGCAUCUAUUGUUAAUUAAGUAUGCACAGUUGCACAUACUGCUAUUGGUUCAACGGGCUAACCUAGUGUCCUAGCCAAUGGAGCUUGAACAUUUUGUUUAUACAGUGGUUUAGUUUUGCAUAAUAAAAAAAUGGACGAAAUUGCACUUCACUUGCUUCUCCCAUCAUAACUUUCGCGUGGUAAUUUAUCAAUGCAUCAUGUCUCAUGGAAACUUCUUAAUUUUUGACAAGAAUAAGGCUCCUCCGCUCUGCCACCACCUCUAGUACCGCCGCCGCCGCAGCCACCAGGUUUUCGAGAUCUCUUCUUUUAGUCUCUCUUCUCCAAUCCCAUUCCCAUCCAUCCCAUUCCCAUGGAACCCUAUUUUUCCGAUCCUUAUCCACCCUAAGCCGUCCGAGCCGUCCCCAUCGCUCAGCCUGGCCAGAUAUCGGUGCUCGGGCCAGGCAGAUGCAGACGCGUCGUAUCUGGACUUACGCCCUAUCCUUCAGCUGCGUUGUUGGAUUUAUCAUCAUCGUUCUCAACCAGUUCUAAGACCAGCUCGUUUUCUACGUGACCCCGACGGAUGCGUUAGCAAAGUACACCGCGAACCCCACCAGGUCAAAGUUCAGGCUCGGCGGGAUGGUAUUGGAGGGCAGUGUGGGGCAGAUUCCUUCGUCUCUAGAGAUGGAGUUCGUGGUGACCGACUUAAUCACUGACAUUUUGGUGAGAUACGAGGGAUCUCUGCCAGAUCUUUUCCGGGAGGGUCAUUCUGUUGUUGUAGAGGGGUUUAUAAGAGGAUGUUGAGAGAGAACAAGUCCAUGAUCAUAGAGAAGGCGAGAAGUGUAAACUGUUAUUUUGAGGCUUCAGAAGUGCUGGCUAAGCACAAUGAGAAGUAUAUGCCGCAAGAAGUUGCUGCUGCCUUGGAGAAGAAUAAGAAGAUGCUGGAGCAGCAACGGAAUGAGGAAUGCGGGAGCGAAGCUAUACCCAAUGUGGAAAGGGAGAGCAAAACUAUACCCAAAGUGGAAAGCCGGAGCGAAACUAUACCCAAAGCGUAAAGGGAUUAAUCAUGCCCUCAGUCACAGUUAGGGAGAUCAAAGAAGAGAUAUCGGCAAAUUUUAUAAGACAGGAGUUUAUUUUGGUGUUGUUCCAGGUGUGUGUUUGUUCUAAAGCAAGUACAACCUAUUGUAUUGCCCCUGUAAGAUGGUGUGGGCUACAAAAUACGUACUGAUUUUGGCCAAGUUGCUAAUAAACGAAUUACGGUUCUAAGGAUUGAUUGUUGUUCUCGUGUACUUGACUAUAUAUGCAUUACUGACUAUUUCUUUUACUAAACAUUUGAAGAAAAAUACUCUCCUGUU